UAAAGGCUUAGAUCAAUGUAUUUUAAUGGGAAGUACGUCAAAAGGUUAGAAAAAAGAAAAUAGAGAUUGAAAUAAAAUUAGCUAAAACAUUAUUAAAAUUGCUGAAUCAGAAUUGUUCAAAUUAUAUUUUAGAAUAGUGAAGAUUCCCAUUGUGGAAAUUUGAACAACACAUAUAAGCGAACAAUUGUUUUCAAUUAGAUCGUCAUCAGGCUUUACUCUAAUAUACAUGAAUAUUUAUACGAAAAUGUUAAACCAAUCAAGGCAAUAUGGGUCAAUAAUCACUAUGAAAUAGAAUAAGUCAUUACACAUAAUAGGUAAAAGUACAAGUUGAUAGUAGUAGGAAGACAGGUGAACUGAUAAUAGUGAGAAUAAUAAAAUACAAUAACAAAACUCUUACCAAUAGUUAAACGUCGGGAAUAGAAGGUCAAACAUGGGUAAAUAGACUAGGAAUAGUAAUCACAAAACCUUAAAAAUCAUUACGUAAUAAGAUGUGUGUAAAUAAUUAGAUAGUGAAGAAUACAAACGGCAAGAGGCGGAAAAUUUCAUUGUGAUUGUUAACCCAUAUUGCCUUGAUUGGUUUAAAAUUUUCGUAUAAAUAUUCAUAUAUAUUAGAGUAAAGCCUGAUGACGAUCUAAUUGAAAACAACUGUUCGCUUAUAUGUGUUGUUCAAAUUAUAUUUGAAAAAGGGUCGAAGAAAGAUCAUUACAUAAUUACAAUUUAUUUUAAAAUACUAUACUGGUUUAUUUAAAACAAUUAGUCCAUUUGAUAAAUUUCAAUAAUGCAAUGAGAAGACGAAGUUUAUCAGAAUUGUGUGAUAUAUGUUUUAACAAUGUCUUAACAAGCAUAUGUGUAAUCAUAAUGGUUUAUAUUUUUAUACUUUUCUUAUGUUUCUUUAUUUAGUCAGUUACAACAUGAGAGUCAGUCUCAGUUGGAUCAAUUGAUAAAUCGUGUGAAAAGAUGGAGUAGCCGAUAUGAACAUGAACCGAAUGUUGAUUCUAGUAUAACCAAUUCUAGAAUAAGUUCUAGUUUAAAAUCUAGUACAAUAUCUGACAAUUGGACAGGUAAUAAUCAAAUGUAUCCAAUAGAUGCAAGAUCACCUCAAUCUAUAGUGAGAGAAACAUCACGAUUAUCGUCUAGAACAAGAUCAGAAUCAAUUCCAUGCCCAGCACUUGAUGCUAUUACACAAAUCGGUGUUACAACCAAAACAUCAGGGACUCAAAUUUCUGAUGACGACGGUGAUGGUGGUCGUAAUAAAAUAGAUUUAUGUGUAUCUAAAAGACAAUUUGUGCCAGCGACGAUUCCUGAAAGAAAACAAGUAAGAAAUGCAAUAACUCAAAUUGGAGUUUCAAAAGUCGAUGCAGGCACACAAGAUGACUAUCAUGGAUACAGUCCUAAGCGUUCAGUUAAAGAAGUAUUAUGUCAAAUAGGUCAAAUUACAGCGAAUGCUUCAUGUCAGACAUUAGAACAUUACAAGCUGCAACAAACGCUUAAAAAGCCAACUUUGGAUGCGAUAGUUCAAUCUGGUGUUAUCACUAAGAAUAAUUCCACUCAGUCGGACAGCAUCACAGAAACCGUUGUGAAAAUGGACGUACCUGAAUCACAAAAAGGUGCACGAAAAUACAGCGUACUAGAUGCUAUCUGUCAAAUAGGACAGGUUACACAAACAAUUGGAACACAAAUAGAAAUAGAGAAUACAGAAAGAAAUAAGAAAAAUCUUGGAGUUCAAGCAGAAAUCAAAAAGGUAUGGCAACACCCAGUGAAAACAACUGAAGCCGCAUGUCAAAUAGGUAGGAUAACAAUAAACGCAAGUACGGAGAUGUCAUCAAUGCUCAUCAGUAAUGAACAAAUGAUAAGACAAGAUAUGAAGAAAAGUGAUAUAGUGUGUCAAAUAGGAAAGGUUCAAAUAGCACAAUCAACACAGGCUGACUUAAUUAAGCAUAUGUUACGCAAACCAUCGUCCGAUGUAGUAUGUCAAGUAGGAAGUGUUAUGGAAUCUUCAGGGAUCCAGAUAGAUGAACCUCAUAAAACUUCAAUGUUACUAGCGGGAACUCAGAGUGCCAAAACACCAACAUACACUAAGGAGAUUCAGACAGAUAUGGGAUUCCGAGUGGAACCGAAGUUUGUGUCGAAGGCUGUCAACGAUGUUAUAUGUCAGGUUGGUCAGGUAAACCAUGAAGUAUCCACACAGUCAGUUGAACAUGUCACCGCUAGACCAGCAUACAAGGAUACUGGCAUUGACCCGAUUCACGUGUGGGAAAAGAAGAUGGCCAACGAUGUCGUCACACAAACAGGGAUUGUCCACACAUCGAAAAUAACACAAGCUGAACUAAUACAAGAACAACCGGUGUAUGUGAAGCCAAUAGAAACACAGGAUGUACCGAUAACAUCGUACAAAGAAACCGUAGAUGCCUACCAACAGGCCGACUUAAUUAAGCAUAUGUUACGCAAACCAUCGUCCGAUGUAGUAUGUCAAGUAGGAAGUGUUAUGGAAUCUUCAGGGAUCCAGAUAGAUGAACCUCAUAAAACUUCAAUGUUACUAGCGGGAACUCAGAGUGCCAAAACACCAACAUACACUAAGGAGAUUCAGACAGAUAUGGGAUUCCGAGUGGAACCGAAGUUUGUGUCGAAGGCUGUCAACGAUGUUAUAUGUCAGGUUGGUCAGGUAAACCAUGAAGUAUCCACACAGUCAGUUGAACAUGUCACCGCUAGACCAGCAUACAAGGAUACUGGCAUUGACCCGAUUCACGUGUGGGAAAAGAAGAUGGCCAACGAUGUCGUCACACAAACAGGGAUUGUCCACACAUCGAAAAUAACACAAGCUGAACUAAUACAAGAACAACCGGUGUAUGUGAAGCCAAUAGAAACACAGGAUGUACCGAUAACAUCGUACAAAGAAACCGUAGAUGCCUACCAACAGGCCGACUUAAUUAAGCAUAUGUUACGCAAACCAUCGUCCGAUGUAGUAUGUCAAGUAGGAAGUGUUAUGGAAUCUUCAGGGAUCCAGAUAGAUGAACCUCAUAAAACUUCAAUGUUACUAGCGGGAACUCAGAGUGCCAAAACACCAACAUACACUAAGGAGAUUCAGACAGAUAUGGGAUUCCGAGUGGAACCGAAGUUUGUGUCGAAGGCUGUCAACGAUGUUAUAUGUCAGGUUGGUCAGGUAAACCAUGAAGUAUCCACACAGUCAGUUGAACAUGUCACCGCUAGACCAGCAUACAAGGAUACUGGCAUUGACCCGAUUCACGUGUGGGAAAAGAAGAUGGCCAACGAUGUCGUCACACAAACAGGGAUUGUCCACACAUCGAAAAUAACACAAGCUGAACUAAUACAAGAACAACCGGUGUAUGUGAAGCCAAUAGAAACACAGGAUGUACCGAUAACAUCGUACAAAGAAACCGUAGAUGCCUACCAACAGGCCGACUUAAUUAAGCAUAUGUUACGCAAACCAUCGUCCGAUGUAGUAUGUCAAGUAGGAAGUGUUAUGGAAUCUUCAGGGAUCCAGAUAGAUGAACCUCAUAAAACUUCAAUGUUACUAGCGGGAACUCAGAGUGCCAAAACACCAACAUACACUAAGGAGAUUCAGACAGAUAUGGGAUUCCGAGUGGAACCGAAGUUUGUGUCGAAGGCUGUCAACGAUGUUAUAUGUCAGGUUGGUCAGGUAAACCAUGAAGUAUCCACACAGUCAGUUGAACAUGUCACCGCUAGACCAGCAUACAAGGAUACUGGCAUUGACCCGAUUCACGUGUGGGAAAAGAAGAUGGCCAACGAUGUCGUCACACAAACAGGGAUUGUCCACACAUCGAAAAUAACACAAGCUGAACUAAUACAAGAACAACCGGUGUAUGUGAAGCCAAUAGAAACACAGGAUGUACCGAUAACAUCGUACAAAGAAACCGUAGAUGCCUACCAACAGGCCGACUUAAUUAAGCAUAUGUUACGCAAACCAUCGUCCGAUGUAGUAUGUCAAGUAGGAAGUGUUAUGGAAUCUUCAGGGAUCCAGAUAGAUGAACCUCAUAAAACUUCAAUGUUACUAGCGGGAACUCAGAGUGCCAAAACACCAACAUACACUAAGGAGAUUCAGACAGAUAUGGGAUUCCGAGUGGAACCGAAGUUUGUGUCGAAGGCUGUCAACGAUGUUAUAUGUCAGGUUGGUCAGGUAAACCAUGAAGUAUCCACACAGUCAGAGAUUCCUUCAAUUAUUUCAGUGGGAGUAGAUCCAAGACCAGAAGGUGCUGUAAGGCACCUAGGUUCAUACCAAGUGCCACCAAACACAGAUCGUCAAAGCAGACACGUACAGGCAGAUAUCAAACAGGCAUUUAAACAUAUAAAUAUGCAAACAGAAGAGAUAACUAGAGAAAAUUUAAUAUCGACGAACUUGGUGAGGGCGAAACAGAAAGAAACAUUUGAGGUAACGACUCAAUUCGGUAUAUUAACAAAAGAUAAAGACGUCGAAACAUUCGUUAAAUGUAGUUCAAAAGAAACACAAACCAUAGAAAGUUCACCAGAAGCUGAAGUAAAAAUGAGGAGCCAACAAACGUUCACUCGAAUAAGAAGUAAAAAUUAUGACGUCCAAACACAGUCAGGGACGAUAAAUAUUUCCCAAGCAUUCCAGACAUUAUUAGAUUACAAGCCAACAACAGAUAAACGAUCAACUGGAAUGCAGCACGAAAUGGAUUUCAGAGUGGUGCAAACUACGCAACAUGAACCACAAACACAAGAAACACCGACACAAACUGAGCGAGUGACAUUAAAAGAUGAACAGUCAUUUACGUCAUUCAAAUUGAAAACAUACGAUGUUCAGACUCAGUUUGGAAGUAUGCUUAAGUCACAGGCAGCACAAACGCCAGGUGAACAGAGACCGGUCGUCGAAAUGAAAGACAUGAUUACACAACACGAGAAACGUCCAGAACCAAUUGUACACAAAAAAUUACAAGCAAUAGUACAACCGACCACCAUUAACACAGAGACUCAGACGAUGGAAGAGAGACCACCACCGGCUAUCUUGCCACCAAAGUUAUUCGACGUCCAAACACAAUCAGGAUCAGUGACGAUAGAUUCAGAAACACAAACACCACAAGAACGUAGACCAGUAAUCGAAAUGAAAGAGUUGCUUACACAACACGAGAAACGUCCAGAACCAAUUGUACACAAAAAAUUACAAGCAAUGGUACAACCGACCACCAUUAACACAGAGACUCAGACGAUGGAAGAGAGACCACCACUGGCUAUCUUGCCACCAAAGUUAUUCGACGUCCAAACACAAUCAGGAUCAGUGACGAUAGAUUCAGAAACACAAACGCCACAAGAACGUAGACCAGUAAUCGAAAUGAAAGAGUUGCUUACACAACACGAGAAACGUCCAGAACCAAUUGUACACAAAAAAUUACAAGCAAUGGUACAACCGACCACCAUUAACACAGAGACUCAGACGAUGGAAGAGAGACCACCACUGGCUAUCUUGCCACCAAAGUUAUUCGACGUCCAAACACAAUCAGGAUCAGUGACGAUAGAUUCAGAAACACAAACACCACUAGAACGUAGGCCAGUGGUCGCGACUAAAGAUGCAAGUGUACAUCAAGAAACAAAACCUGUUCAAUCAAUUCCCAAGAAGUUACAGGCUACAGUCGUCCCACCACUUGAAAACAUGGCUACACAAACAGAUUUAUUAGCACAACCUGUUGUCAUGCCCAUGGUGAAAACUACGCAUCAUGAACCACAAACACAAGAAACACCGACACAAACUGAGCGAGUGACAUUAAAAGAUGAACAGUCAUUUACGUCAUUCAAAUUGAAAACAUACGAUGUUCAGACUCAGUUUGGAAGUAUGCUUAAGUCACAGGCAGCACAAACGCCAGGUGAACAGAGACCGGUCGUCGAAAUGAAAGACAUGAUUACACAACACGAGAAACGUCCAGAACCAAUUGUACACAAAAAAUUACAAGCAAUAGUACAACCGACCACCAUUAACACAGAGACUCAAACGAUGGAAGAGAGACCACCACCGGUUAUCUUGCCACCAAAGUUAUUCGACGUCCAAACACAAUCAGGAUCAGUGACGAUAGAUUCAGAAACACAAACACCACAAGAACGUAGACCAGUAAUCGAAAUGAAAGAGUUGCUUACACAACACGAGAAACGUCCAGAACCAAUUGUACACAAAAAAUUACAAGCAAUGGUACAACCGACCACCAUUAACACAGAGACUCAGACGAUGGAAGAGAGACCACCACCGGUUAUCUUGCCACCAAAGUUAUUCGACGUCCAAACACAAUCAGGAUCAGUGACGAUAGAUUCAGAAACACAAACACCACUAGAACGUAGGCCAGUGGUCGCGACUAAAGAUGCAAGUGUACAUCAAGAAACAAAACCUGUUCAAUCAAUUCCCAAGAAGUUACAGGCUACAGUCGUCCCACCACUUGAAAACAUGGCUACACAAACAGAUUUAUUAGCACAACCUGUUGUCAUGCCCAUGGUGAAAACUACGCAUCAUGAACCACAAACACAAGAAACACCGACACAAACUGAGCGAGUGACAUUAAAAGAUGAACAGUCAUUUACGUCAUUCAAAUUGAAAACAUACGAUGUUCAGACUCAGUUUGGAAGUAUGCUUAAGUCACAGGCAGCACAAACGCCAGGUGAACAGAGACCGGUCGUCGAAAUGAAAGACAUGAUUACACAACACGAGAAACGUCCAGAACCAAUUGUACACAAAAAAUUACAAGCAAUAGUACAACCGACCACCAUUAACACAGAGACUCAGACGAUGGAAGAGAGACCACCACUGGCUAUCUUGCCACCAAAGUUAUUCGACGUCCAAACACAAUCAGGAUCAGUGACGAUAGAUUCAGAAACACAAACACCACAAGAACGUAGACCAGUAAUCGAAAUGAAAGAGUUGCUUACACAACACGAGAAACGUCCAGAACCAAUUGUACACAAAAAAUUACAAGCAAUAGUACAACCGACCACCAUUAACACAGAGACUCAGACGAUGGAAGAGAGACCACCACCGGUUAUCUUGCCACCAAAGUUAUUCGACGUCCAAACACAAUCAGGAUCAGUGACGAUAGAUUCAGAAACACAAACACCACUAGAACGUAGGCCAGUGGUCGCGACUAAAGAUGCAAGUGUACAUCAAGAAACAAAACCUGUUCAAUCAAUUCCCAAGAAGUUACAGGCUACAGUCGUCCCACCACUUGAAAACAUGGCUACACAAACAGAUUUAUUAGCACAACCUGUUGUCAUGCCCAUGGUGAAAACUACGCAUCAUGAACCACAAACACAAGAAACACCGACACAAACUGAGCGAGUGACAUUAAAAGAUGAACAGUCAUUUACGUCAUUCAAAUUGAAAACAUACGAUGUUCAGACUCAGUUUGGAAGUAUGCUUAAGUCACAGGCAGCACAAACGCCAGGUGAACAGAGACCGGUCGUCGAAAUGAAAGACAUGAUUACACAACACGAGAAACGUCCAGAACCAAUUGUACACAAAAAAUUACAAGCAAUAGUACAACCGACCACCAUUAACACAGAGACUCAGACGAUGGAAGAGAGACCACCACUGGCUAUCUUGCCACCAAAGUUAUUCGACGUCCAAACACAAUCAGGAUCAGUGACGAUAGAUUCAGAAACACAAACACCACACGAACAGAAAAUAAUCCCAGAUAUAAAGGAUGUGAGUGUAUUUCAUGAGUCACAUCAUGUACAAACAGUAAACAAGAAACUUCAAGCUGUGGUAUACCAUCCAUCUGACGAUGUGUGUUUGCAAACCGAAGAGGUAAGCGUACAACCUGUCAAACCCGUUGCACAGGUGUUUUCUCGAGCUCCGCAAGUUGCACAUAAGCAAACGCAAGCAGAAUGGCUGAAGGUCAAUAUAAAAACAUUUGAUAUACAAGCACAAUCAGGGAUGGUAGUCAAGACACAGUCAACACAAACUAUGCUAGAAGAACAACCAGUAUUCCAAACUGCAGACGUCAGUGUGAUUCAUAGUGAAAAAUCACCUUCACUGGUGAACAAGAAACUUCAGGUAAACAUGCGUCAAUCAGUUGACAACACAAGCACACAGACUGAUCCGAUGACUCAAGUCCCUACUGUAUUACCGAAAACCACGUUCGAUGUUGUGACUCAGUCUGGUACUAUCCACUGUGCACAGUCAGUUCAGACCAUUCCAGAGGAACGACCAGUAUUCCAUACUGCAGACGUCAGUGUGAUUCAUAGUGAAAAAUCACCUUCAUUAGUAGGCAAGAAGGUUCAGGCAACAAUGCGUCAAUCAGUUGACAACACAAGCACACAGACUGAUCCGAUGACUCAAGUCCCUACUGUAUUACCGAAAACCACGUUCGAUGUUGUGACUCAGUCUGGUACUAUCCACUGUGCACAGUCAGUUCAGACUAUUCCAGAGGAACGCCCGGUAUACCACACGGUCGGUGUAGGAGUUGAUCAUACUGGGAAAUUGCAGCCCGUGUUAUACGAGAACGUUCAGGCAACAAUGCGUCAAUCAGUUGACAACACAAGCACACAGACUGAUCCGAUGACUCAAGUCCCUACCGUAUUACCGAAAACCACGUUCGAUGUUGUGACUCAGUCUGGUACUAUCCACUGUGCACAGUCAGUUCAGACCAUUCCAGAGGAACGACCAGUAUUCCAUACUGCAGACGUCAGUGUGAUUCAUAGUGAAAAAUCACCUUCAUUAGUAGGCAAGAAGGUUCAGGCAACAAUGCGUCAAUCAGUUGACAACACAAGCACACAGACUGAUCCGAUGACUCAAGUCCCUACUGUAUUACCGAAAACCACGUUCGAUGUUGUGACUCAGUCUGGUACUAUCCACUGUGCACAGUCAGUUCAGACCAUUCCAGAGGAACGACCAGUAUUCCAUACUGCAGACGUCAGUGUGAUUCAUAGUGAAAAAUCACCUUCAUUAGUAGGCAAGAAGGUUCAGGCAACAAUGCGUCAAUCAGUUGACAACACAAGCACACAGACUGAUCCGAUGACUCAAGUCCCUACUGUAUUACCGAAAACCACGUUCGAUGUUGUGACUCAGUCUGGUACUAUCCACUGUGCACAGUCAGUUCAGACCAUUCCAGAGGAACGACCAGUAUUCCAUACUGCAGACGUCAGUGUGAUUCAUAGUGAAAAAUCACCUUCAUUAGUAGGCAAGAAGGUUCAGGCAACAAUGCGUCAAUCAGUUGACAACACAAGCACACAGACUGAUCCGAUGACUCAAGUCCCUACUGUAUUACCGAAAACCACGUUCGAUGUUGUGACUCAGUCUGGUACUAUCCACUGUGCACAGUCAGUUCAGACCAUUCCAGAGGAACGACCAGUAUUCCAUACUGCAGACGUCAGUGUGAUUCAUAGUGAAAAAUCACCUUCAUUAGUAGGCAAGAAGGUUCAGGCAACAAUGCGUCAAUCAGUUGACAACACAAGCACACAGACUGAUCCGAUGACUCAAGUCCCUACUGUAUUACCGAAAACCACGUUCGAUGUUGUGACUCAGUCUGGUACUAUCCACUGUGCACAGUCAGUUCAGACUAUUCCAGAGGAACGCCCGGUAUACCACACGGUCGGUGUAGGAGUUGAUCAUACUGGGAAAUUGCAGCCCGUGUUAUACGAGAACGUUCAGGCAACAAUGCGUCAAUCAGUUGACAACACAAGCACACAGACUGAUCCGAUGACUCAAGUCCCUACUGUAUUACCGAAAACCACGUUCGAUGUUGUGACUCAGUCUGGUACUAUCCACUGUGCACAGUCAGUUCAGACCAUUCCAGAGGAACGACCAGUAUUCCAUACUGCAGACGUCAGUGUGAUUCAUAGUGAAAAAUCACCUUCAUUAGUAGGCAAGAAGGUUCAGGCAACAAUGCGUCAAUCAGUUGACAACACAAGCACACAGACUGAUCCGAUGACUCAAGUCCCUACUGUAUUACCGAAAACCACGUUCGAUGUUGUGACUCAGUCUGGUACUAUCCACUGUGCACAGUCAGUUCAGACUAUUCCAGAGGAACGCCCGGUAUACCACACGGUCGGUGUAGGAGUUGAUCAUACUGGGAAAUUGCAGCCCGUGUUAUACGAGAACGUUCAGGCAACAAUGCGUCAAUCAGUUGACAACACAAGCACACAGACUGAUCCGAUGACUCAAGUCCCUACUGUAUUACCGAAAACCACGUUCGAUGUUGUGACUCAGUCCGGUACUCUGUCUCUUACUGUUGGUUGUCAAGCUGUUCUUAUAUCGGAAGAUUUUUUGAUGAAAGAUGUUGCUGUUGAUUAUGUCAGAUCGGUCAAUUCUUGUUUCUCUAGAGCUGUUCAAGCUAGCAUACAAGUUGAAAGUAAAAACGUUGAAAUACAGUGUCUGAUAAAAGAUAAACGUGUAAUUAAUAUUCGGAAUGCAGAAGCUCAAUUCGACGUACUUCGUCGUCAGGAAGAAACUCAAACAUUUAGUUUACCUUUAACAACUACGAAAGAAGGAAGUGUUCAGCACGCACCAACGACUACACAAAUAAUAAAUAAAAAGCUACAAGUAACUAUUUCCCAGUCAGUUCGAGAGGCAGCCGCGCAAACAUACGAAUCAAUACCAGUCGUAACAGUACCCACGAUGCAAAGAAUUCAUCACUCUGUACAGACACAUGAAAUAUCAUCACAAACUGACAGUCUAGAAUUUUUUGAUCGUCAGUCCUACGCGCAAAUCAAAUCUCAAACAAAUGAUGUAGAAAUACAAUCAGGAAUCAUUUGCAAAUCACAGGGAUUGCAGACAAAAUUAGAGCAUAAAACAUUCGGAAUGACGAAAGAAACUAGUACACAGUAUGAGGCAGUACAAAGAACAAUGAUAAAUAUAGAUAUUCAGGCAGAUGCUCAACAUCCAGUGUCCAAUACUUACGUCCAAACAGAUGAAAGUCAACUGAUAAAUAUCAGGCAGAAACACCAGACGAAUGUACAGACACAAUCAGGAAUCAUUCAAAAAGAACAGGGAGCACAAACACUAGAAGAGGUCCACAAUACAAUGAACAAGACCGACGUUAGUGUAACUCAUGAACUCAAAAAUCGACAAAUUAACAAGAAGUUGCAAGCAACAAUAAUGUCUCAAAUCAAAGACGUAGUCAUACAAACAGAAUUAGUAGGAACCUCUGCACAUCCAACACCGACAAAACCUACAUUUGAUGUGCAAACACAAUCAGGAUCAGUGACGAUAGAUUCAGAAACACAAACACCACACGAACAGAAAAUAAUCCCAGAUAUAAAGGAUGUGAGUGUAUUUCAUGAGUCACAUCAUGUACAAACAGUAAACAAGAAACUUCAAGCUGUGGUAUACCAUCCAUCUGACGAUGUGUGUUUGCAAACCGAAGAGGUAAGCGUACAACCUGUCAAACCCGUUGCACAGGUGUUUUCUCGAGCUCCGCAAGUUGCACAUAAGCAAACGCAAGCAGAAUGGCUGAAGGUCAAUAUAAAAACAUUUGAUAUACAAGCACAAUCAGGGAUGGUAGUCAAGACACAGUCAACACAAACUAUGCUAGAAGAACAACCAGUAUUCCAAACUGCAGACGUCAGUGUGAUUCAUAGUGAAAAAUCACCUUCACUGGUGAACAAGAAACUUCAGGUAAACAUGCGUCAAUCAGUUGACAACACAAGCACACAGACUGAUCCGAUGACUCAAGUCCCUACUGUAUUACCGAAAACCACGUUCGAUGUUGUGACUCAGUCUGGUACUAUCCACUGUGCACAGUCAGUUCAGACCAUUCCAGAGGAACGACCAGUAUUCCAUACUGCAGACGUCAGUGUGAUUCAUAGUGAAAAAUCACCUUCAUUAGUAGGCAAGAAGGUUCAGGCAACAAUGCGUCAAUCAGUUGACAACACAAGCACACAGACUGAUCCGAUGACUCAAGUCCCUACUGUAUUACCGAAAACCACGUUCGAUGUUGUGACUCAGUCUGGUACUAUCCACUGUGCACAGUCAGUUCAGACUAUUCCAGAGGAACGCCCGGUAUACCACACGGUCGGUGUAGGAGUUGAUCAUACUGGGAAAUUGCAGCCCGUGUUAUACGAGAACGUUCAGGCAACAAUGCGUCAAUCAGUUGACAACACAAGCACACAGACUGAUCCGAUGACUCAAGUCCCUACCGUAUUACCGAAAACCACGUUCGAUGUUGUGACUCAGUCUGGUACUAUCCACUGUGCACAGUCAGUUCAGACCAUUCCAGAGGAACGACCAGUAUUCCAUACUGCAGACGUCAGUGUGAUUCAUAGUGAAAAAUCACCUUCAUUAGUAGGCAAGAAGGUUCAGGCAACAAUGCGUCAAUCAGUUGACAACACAAGCACACAGACUGAUCCGAUGACUCAAGUCCCUACCGUAUUACCGAAAACCACGUUCGAUGUUGUGACUCAGUCUGGUACUAUCCACUGUGCACAGUCAGUUCAGACCAUUCCAGAGGAACGACCAGUAUUCCAUACUGCAGACGUCAGUGUGAUUCAUAGUGAAAAAUCACCUUCAUUAGUAGGCAAGAAGGUUCAGGCAACAAUGCGUCAAUCAGUUGACAACACAAGCACACAGACUGAUCCGAUGACUCAAGUCCCUACUGUAUUACCGAAAACCACGUUCGAUGUUGUGACUCAGUCUGGUACUGUCCACUGUGCACAGUCAGUUCAGACCAUUCCAGAGGAACGACCAGUAUUCCAUACUGCAGACGUCAGUGUGAUUCAUAGUGAAAAAUCACCUUCAUUAGUAGGCAAGAAGGUUCAGGCAACAAUGCGUCAAUCAGUUGACAACACAAGCACACAGACUGAUCCGAUGACUCAAGUCCCUACUGUAUUACCGAAAACCACGUUCGAUGUUGUGACUCAGUCUGGUACUAUCCACUGUGCACAGUCAGUUCAGACCAUUCCAGAGGAACGACCAGUAUUCCAUACUGCAGACGUCAGUGUGAUUCAUAGUGAAAAAUCACCUUCAUUAGUAGGCAAGAAGGUUCAGGCAACAAUGCGUCAAUCAGUUGACAACACAAGCACACAGACUGAUCCGAUGACUCAAGUCCCUACUGUAUUACCGAAAACCACGUUCGAUGUUGUGACUCAGUCUGGUACUAUCCACUGUGCACAGUCAGUUCAGACCAUUCCAGAGGAACGACCAGUAUUCCAUACUGCAGACGUCAGUGUGAUUCAUAGUGAAAAAUCACCUUCAUUAGUAGGCAAGAAGGUUCAGGCAACAAUGCGUCAAUCAGUUGACAACACAAGCACACAGACUGAUCCGAUGACUCAAGUCCCUACUGUAUUACCGAAAACCACGUUCGAUGUUGUGACUCAGUCUGGUACUGUCCACUGUGCACAGUCAGUUCAGACCAUUCUAGAGGAACGACCACGAUUCGAUAAUGUUGAUGUGAGCGUUGAUCAUUUUGAGACUGUGCCUAUUGUUCGGUCAACAAUCUCAUCGACCAUGCAUACUCUUCCAAACACUUCACAAUCAACACAAACCACACCUACUAAACUAGCUGAUACAUUCUGUCAAGCAACGUUAUCUUCUACUACAUACGAUGUCCAAAUUCAAUCUGGAGUAAUGCAUUCAAUAGAUGGGACACAGACUGUCGAUUUAAGGUCACCAAUUGAGAUGAAAGAAAUGAGUGUCGCACAUGAGAAGGAACGAACUGUUCUGAAAGGGAAGAAACUUCAGGUUCAUUGUGAUUCAACUGAUUUGGGAGUCCAAACAGAUCAAAUUACUCCCAUUGUUCGAUCAACAAUCUCAUCGACCAUGCAUACUCUUCCAAACACUUCACAAUCAACACAAACCACACCUACUAAACUAGCUGAUACAUUCUGUCAAGCAACGUUAUCUUCUACUACAUACGAUGUCCAAAUUCAAUCUGGAGUAAUGCAUUCAAUAGAUGGGACACAGACUGUCGAUUUAAGGUCACCAAUUGAGAUGAAAGAAAUGAGUGUCGCACAUGAGAAGGAACGAACUGUUCUGAAAGGGAAGAAACUUCAGGUUCAUUGUGAUUCAACUGAUUUGGGAGUCCAAACAGAUCAAAUUACUCCCAUUGUUCGAUCAACAAUCUCAUCGACCAUGCAUACUCUUCCAAACACUUCACAAUCAACACAAACCACACCUACUGAACUAGCUGAUACAUUCUGUCAAGCAACGUUAUCUUCUACUACAUACGAUGUCCAAAUUCAAUCUGGAGUAAUGCAUUCAAUAGAUGGGACACAGACUGUCGAUUUAAGGUCACCAAUUGAGAUGAAAGAAAUGAGUGUCGCACAUGAGAAGGAACGAACUGUUCUGAAAGGGAAGAAACUUCAGGUUCGUUGUGAUUCAACUGAUUUGGGAGUCCAAACAGAUCAAAUUACUCCCAUUGUUCGAUCAACAAUCUCAUCGACCAUGCAUACUCUUCCAAACACUUCACAAUCAACACAAACCACACCUACUAAACUAGCUGAUACAUUCUGUCAAGCAACGUUAUCUUCUACUACAUACGAUGUCCAAAUUCAAUCUGGAGUAAUGCAUUCAAUAGAUGGGACACAGACUGUCGAUUUAAGGUCACCAAUUGAGAUGAAAGAAAUGAGUGUCGCACACGAGAAGGAACGAACUGUUCUGAAAGGGAAGAAACUUCAGGUUCAUUGUGAUUCAACUGAUUUGGGAGUCCAAACAGAUCACACUAUGUCUACUGUUCACUUGGACAGUAAAUUAACUCAAACUGCUUUAGUUCGUUAUACGGAUGUAUCAUGUCAGUAUACUGAACUCACGAAGCCUUCAUUAACUAGUCAUGCAGUAACGUCCAGAGUUGUUAGCAUUCAAACAGAUGUGCCUUUUUCAACAAACGUACGUGUGGAUCAACGAAACAAGAAAUUCCAAGUGAAUCUAAUAUCGCCUUCAUCACCAAAGACUCUAAUAAAUGUAGCCUCUAUAGGAACACAAACUUCAGAUUAUAGAUACCAGGAUAUAAGUAUUGAACAAGUUGAUAAAACAAUAGUUUCAUCAGUGGAUGCACAUGUGGUUCAUGAUUCAGCGUCUAAUGUGACAAACACUUCACAAGCAAUACCAAAAAUAAAAAUAGAUCAAGAGUGCCAAGUAAAAAUAACUCCUCAACAAUAUCAAAAGAAACUUCAGUAUGGUUCCUCAUUUUCUACAUUAAAAAAUACAUCUUCUCAAACUAUACAGGACAGUUGUCUUUAUGACCAUCAUAAAACUUCUUCGUCAUCAAGUAUUGGAGUUCAGGCAAGUAAUAUACGACCAGUAGUUACAGUAGAUACAGGGACUCAAGAAACAAGACCAAGUGAGACUUCUCCAUCACCUUUACAAGUUAAGAACAAAAAACUACAAGUCUACCCAUCUAAACUUGGUGAACAAGUAGAAGAAGAAUUUACACAUCCUCAAGACACAAUCUCCAAAGGAAUGUCAACCUCAUUAACUGAGAUAACACAAACAGAUGAGUGUUUACUAAAAAAUAUUGAAUGUUUCAAGUGUAUAUCACGGGGAUAUGAUAAGAAAACAAUUGAUAAAGAUAUGCAAUCGGAAGAAAAAUCAAUAAGAACAAAACAAACAGCAUCCAGUACAGUGAAAUCAAACUACUUUACACGUAUUCUCCAAAUGGAAACUAUUCCUGACAAGCCAAAAGCAUCAGACACAUCCGAUGUGCUGAAACUAUACAGAGAGUCCGGCUAUAGAGCUAGGGGUGAAUCAAAGAAUAUCCAAACUGAUACGUUUUUGUUGGGAAGUAUUCAAUUACCUGAAAGUAGGGAAGUGGAUAGCAUAGGAAAAAUUUCGAAAAAGACCACAAUUGUUCAGUUAGAAAAGUUAACUACGGAUAAGUGUGUAGAUACUAUGCCCUUUGAAAAAGGACUUAUAGAAUCUCAAAUAUCCUAUCAUGAUACCCAGAUGUCUGAAAGGAGAAAUAUAAAGUUACUAAAAGAAACACCAUGGUCAGAAGCACAAGUAUCAAAUGUUCUGCAAGAUAUUCAAUAUGAAAUAAGACAUCCUCAAAUAAUAGAUUCAAGUGGAAGUUACUCACCUCAACAAAAUUCAGUUGCAGUUAGUGCACGACCAACUACUCAUAUGCUUGCUCAUACAGAAUCAACAAGCAGAAAUGGAAAUGGAAAGGCUAAGACACCGUAUCAAUAUUUAAAACCAGAUGUUGUAAGUUGGGGAGUACAAUUUGCACCAGUGACACUUACUGGGGUAACGCAAACCACUGAAUCUUCGAAACAUAAGUUAACUAUCGAUUCACCAGUAAAUAUAGGUGUACAAACUGAUGCGAUUGAAGAUGACUAUUAUAUAAAAAGAGUUGUGACGACAAUAGCUAGGAAAGGUUUGUCAUCUUAUUGUCGUCGAGGUCCAGUAGCCAAAAGAAUUGUCGAACACACUGAUCUAUUGACAUCGAGUUUACCUAGUAACCUAGAUGAAGAGUUUGAUGAAGAAACAACAAUUGCACCAAGAACAACGAAGGUCACAACUAUGCAAAAACGUGGAGAUCGUCGAGUAGUACAUGAAGAGUUACUUACAGAGGACUAUAGGGAAAGAGGAAGUUCACUUGACUCUCAUGUAGCCCACGAACGGUUUCUGAGAGAAACACACCCACAGGAUAUCGACUUGCAUGGAAUGCAUGAACAUGAGACAGGCAUAUAUACUGAUGCUGAAAUCUGUUUGCAGAAUUUACUGAAAGUUUGGGGAGAGCAAUACUUGCUUUCUAGAUUAAGAACGAUCGGUAGAUACUCAGGGCUUUCAGUUAGUCUUGAUCGAAGUAUACAUACAGCAGAAAAAUCACGGCUAGUUGAAGCGAAGACACAGUUUACUUCAACGGGAAACUUAGUGAGUCAAAUCAGAAAUCUUGAGAACAUGGGAACACAGACUAGUGAUAUUCUCCUUACCACUCGACCUCCACAUAAAAAUAAACGGAUACAACGUGGUCGUAGCUUCAUUUCUGGAGGAACGAAUCAGCCACCACCGACGCGUAGUGGCUCGGUAGUAAGUCCACUGUCGCCGACUACCGAAGAACUGACAAGUCACCAUCGUCAGCACGGGAUAACAAGCAUGCAGACACGUACUUCUCAUCCAUUUAAUUUGGCCACUACCACAUUUACAGAGACUACACAAGAGCAAUCGACAUUCAGUAUUGAACAUACAGUCCAGACUUAUAUAUGUCCAACAUGUGGGAGUCAAGCUAGUAUCCCAGUGACCGUUCAUUCACAAAUACAACCUCAAACACUUCCAAUAACACAAUUAAAAGACGCCCAAUCACAAACUCGGUUUGUGGGGCAGAUGACAGCUGAUAAUAACUGCACAUAUCUACCAACUUACCUAAGUGAUGAGGAAGUAAUUCGCAUAAAUCAGAGCCAGAAAAUUGAAGACAGAGAAUUUUCGGUGGUGACAUGGCAUCCAGCAGAAAUACGAGAUACAGAACGCCGUAGGGAUAGCGACACAAGUAAUCAGAUACGAGAUGAAGUUUGGGUUGAUAGUCCUGGGAAACUGCUGGAACUCAAAAUAACUGGAGUAAUAGUACCUGGAACAAGCAAAAUCGUUAGCGCAAGUGAAGCGUUUUAUCGUGGUCUACUAAGAGUAGUAUACUGGGAUUAUGAAAAACUUGGACCUAGGCAAUCAUCAGUAGAUUCAACAGUUUCCAUACCACUGGCAGAUGCAGUGAUUUCUAAGGCAGUUCGGUUAGCUAGCGAUAGAAUAUCAACAGAAGCGCAGCCAUCAUUGGAUGCCAAAAUAGUUUGGAGAACACCAGAGAUACAACGAAGUAGGUAUCUAGUACAUUCAAUUAGACCUGAUGCAGGUCAAAACAAACAUAAUCCAAUUAAUCUGGACGUUGCAUCUGCAAUACGAGCUGGUCUAAUUGACAAAGAAACCGGUCGAAUGUUGUUUACACAUUCUGUUUACGAGUCACCAUUCAGUACUGAUUCACCGAUAAGUAAAAAAGGCGAUAGUAGCUCUGACCAAACUGAACGCUUGUCUGUCAGAGAAGCAAUUUUACGUGGAUUUUUAGUUGCAGAAUUAAUAGAACCAGAAUCAUCGUAUAUAACAAAGCAAAGCUUACCAUUUAUUGUCCCAAGCACAAGUUAUUCACACUCUCCGACUGAUGUUGACAUUUGAACUGUUGCUUAAUUAUUAUUAUUAUUAUCAUUGAAAAUAAGCGAAUACACAUGAAACCUGUUUUGUAACCUAGAAAAACUGACCCUCGUCUGUGUAUAAGUAUGGUUCUCUUCCACAGAAAAAGUCGCAUUAUUCAAUCAGCACUACGUUGUAUGCGUGUGUAGCCAAUUAUUUCAAGUAUCAACUUACUCCUUUUUUGUUUUUCGUCGUGUUUUUCCUCUUAAACAACAAAACAAAACGAAAACUAUCACUUACCUAAUCAAAUAUCCAGUAUAAACAACCAUAAAAAUAAUAAUUUCUAUUUUAUUCUUUUUCUGUUGACAUUCUAUUAAUAAUAAUAAUAAUAAUAAUAAUAA